UUCAAUUCAUUCCAUCAGAUUUACCGAAAUGGAAGUCGGACGAUGAAUUGUACAAAGCCGAUCAAGAGGAGGAUGUCGCUACCGGUGAAGAAAGUUGGAAAACGUUGGACUUGAGGAACAAAUCGCACCAGUCGGAACACGACUCUCAGCAUCCGUUGCGCAGGACUCGGGCCCAAGUUCAACUAUCCAGCGAUCCGUCAGGUGGAGAAGAAGUCAGCAGCAACCGUUCCAUCGCUCCUGAGCCACCGUCGCAAAAUGAAGAGCGCGUACCGCCCAACUAUAGCGAGCAUGAAAUGGAGGACUGGAUUCUGGACGAUAGAGAGCACGAACCAUCUCCUUCCGAGUCGGAAGAGACGGCAGGAGCCACGGCUUUGCCCGCCAUCAGCGAAAAUAGUUACGAGUCAGAUGGCGAUGAUGAGGAGGAGGAGGAAGAAGAGGAAGAAGAAGAAGAAGAAUUUUUGUUCCGGAAAUUUACAGUCCAACGUGUGAAAUGGCAACGCAAGAAGCGACCGAAAGCGAUGCAGACGAAGAAGCGGAAGAAGAAAGUCUGGACACUGAAUUCACCCGCGACUAUUACAGACUAGUCAAAUUCGAAUCCAAUCGGAGUCUGGCCAAUUCGGAAAAGUACGACCAUUGCCCGCCGGGAACUGAGGCGGCCGCAGCCGAGUCUGGCGGACCUUUUCCGCCACCCGAUCGGCAAGUGGCUCUGCAAACGGUGCUGGAUUUUAUUGCAGAACAGCAGCGUUACUGCGCCAUCCGUGAGACGGCCGACGCCGUCACGCCCGAAUUGCCGCAUCCCAAUGGGCUGGACAAAGAGCCGACAACCGGCACUAGUUCGUUGCUCCAGUUGCGUCAUCUUCUCGCUGACGACGACAGUUCCAGGGAGGCGGACAGCAGUGGCGAUGAGGACAGAGACGGAAGUGCUGACCUCCACACCGGAUUCUCCACUAAUUGGAUGCCCGUCCACAGCAACGGGGCGGAACUUGUCGAUCUAAGCAACGCCGAGGUGAGGGCUUCGAUGCUGGAAAAGCUGCUUAGAUCCACUUCCACUUCUAGCAUCAACGAGUCCAGCUCUAGCGAUUCGUUUGAAGGAAAUGAUGAAAAAGAGUUCAGUCUCGACACUAGCCAGGAAUCUUGUCCGCCACCCAUUGCCAGUCCAGCGGCGGGCGAGGAAAGCCAAUGCUAAACAGAACAAAACAAACGAACAAUGCAAACAAUAAAGGACCUUCAUCAGUUUUUUGAGGGAUGAAUCAAUUUGACGGAAAUUAAUAACGUGCUGCUAUUAAUUCAAUCAGCUUUGAUGGUGAAAAUUUUGUAAAAAAAAAAUAAAUAAAAAAAUGUGAAAUUCAGCAAGACAAUAACUCGUCGUCGUCUCGUCACAGGGUGCGGAGAUUAUAAUUGACAAAAAAGAAUGUACCUGUUUGUGAUUUAUUUUUCUUUCUUUCUUUCUUUUUCUUUUUUUGUUUGUUUGUCCACAUUUUGCAUCCUUGACAUGGUGUCUAGCCUGACCCUUCAUGUUGCUCUUUUUCACUGAAUUCAAUUCAUAAUGUCUGUCGUUGUGAUAUGCGUUUCACUAUUAUUUUGAUUAUGACCUUCUCUUCAUAUUAACACGCCCUUCAACUGCAACCGGCUCGAGUGUACAAAAACAAAAGUCUAAUUACUGAUACAAAAAUAAGCACAAACAAUACAACAAAAAAUGACUGCCA